AAAUGACUAGAACAAGAAGAUGGGCGAAUCCAACGUUGGUAGUGAGAGUGUUGGUGCUGGUGGAGGGAGACCAAGGCUUGUUCUGCAACCUCGGUCUCUGUCGGUGUCCAAUAAAGGGGGGGAUGGGAAAGUGGGGAAACCUAAGGGGUUAGUCCAUUCGGAGAAGCGAGGCCAAGGGAGCAAACCUGAUGGGAUUGCCUCAAGGAUUGUAUUUCUUGGUGAGGAAUAAAAAUCACUUUGAUGAAUUGAAGAAAGCUAUGCUACCUAACUUUUUGUGGACCAAACCUGAGGGUUUCCCAGAUGAGCUUCCACUGUAUGAACUGCUCAGAUCUGAUUGUCGGCAGCUUGCAAAGCAGCUUACGUGCCACCAGGACAUUGCAAGUGAUGGUUGCUUCAGCCUUGGUAUGUUGGCCCGUAUGGAACCUACUUUGCGUGAAAAGAAUGUCUGGAUGUAUCCACGAUUAUUUUGGGAAACUGGAGUCCUUGGACAGGUGUUGUACCUUCUUAAAGCACAUGCUAUUGGAAUCUCAGCAACCGGAAUUGGUUGCUUCUUUGAUGACCCUGGUAUGAUUCUUUGUUCACCACUGCUUUGAGAACUUUUAUGGUUUGCUUUCAGGAUUAUGUUAUUGGUAGUUUCAUUUGGAUGAAGCAAAAGCCAUAUUAAUUCGUAUAAGUUACAAUUUUAAUUGGAAAUUACAAGGGCUUAUGUGUUAUGUAAAGUUUAUGAAUGUUUUGGGAGAUUUGAUUGAAAUGAAUUGGAUGAUGUUCAGAAAACUAUGGCCUUAUAUAAGUGAUAUUGGAUGCAUCUAUGUUCCGAAAUCUAAAAGCCUAGGAUUAAAUGCAAUUGGAAGAACAAUACUUCUUUUUCCCAUAAUUUGAAAAGUCCACACAUCUUUUCACUUUUGAUCAAUUAUUGAUGUGGUUGAACGUUUAUCUUAAUUGCUUUUUUGAAUGAAUAAUUGGAAGCAUUGUACCAUAAAUAUCAAUUCCAACUGUAAUUGAUUUGAUUGGCAUGGUUAUAGAUAGAUGUACAUGAUUCAUAGGUCAAAAUUAACCUGUGAAAUACUAAAUGAGUUUAUUUAUAUAAUUGAAGUUUGAAGAAAUUUAUUUGCUUAAAUUUCUAUAAAAAUAGAUUUAUUCAAGAAGAAAUAUAUUAAUAAAUUAAGAUGUUUGGCAUAUUAUCGAGAAA